UUUAUGUGUGUAAUUUUGUAAUAUCUUAUCAAAGACUUCUGAGAAAUACAGCCGUGUUUUUGUAGCAUCUGUGGAGGAAAAUUUCCUGGAUAAAUUCAAGUCUAAAAUUGACCAAAAAAAAAAAAUCUUUAUUUUAUUAUCGUCCAUUUUUGGUUAUUUAUUUAAAAAAAUCAGAAACAUUUCAGUCGGAAAAAAUAAACAGCACAGCAUUUAUACUAAAAUAAUGUACUUAAAUACAGAUUUGAGGUACUCAGGUACCCAGUUUCUACCUCUGCUCCACAUUUUCUCACAGCUUUAGGUUUUUUUUCAAAUUCAGAUUUUUUCAGAUUUUUCACUACUUUUUCAACCCAAAUAAAUCAAAAAUUGUGGGAAAAAAAGUCCAAAAUGUCCCUCGGAGUUUGAGAAGACGUCUUCAUGUUGUUGGUUUUGUCCGACCAAGAUGUCAAAACCCCGAAAUAAAGUGAGCGAAGCAGGAGAUCUUUUUCCGAACACGUUCGUCCGGUCUCCUCCUUCAUGCCUCGAACAGCUGGAGCUUUCUGCUCCGAGCAGAGCGCGUCGUGUGAUACGACGCGUCGUGUGAUACGACACGAUGUGCGAUUGCGUUUGCAGCAUUUGGAAACGUGUUCUUUGUGUUUCAGACGAGGACUGUCCAGAGGAGGGUCUGACCGUUCUGCCCGCCGGCUUACACGAGUUCGCCUUCAGCUUCAACCUGCCUCAGAUGGCUCUGGCCACUUCGUUCGAGGGGAAGCACGGCAGCGUGAGGUACUGGGUGAAAGCUGAGCUGCACCGUCCGUGGCUGCUGCCGGUCAAAGUCAAGAAAGAGUUCAUUGUGUUCGAGCACAUCGACAUCAACACGCCGCUGCUGCUGGCUCCUCAGGCGGGCACGAAGGAGAAAACUCUGUGCUGCUGGUUCUGCGCUUCGGGCCCGAUCUCCCUCAGUGCCAAGAUUGAGCGAAAGGGCUACACACCAGGCGAGUCGAUCCAAAUCUUCGCCGAGGUGGAGAACUGUUCGUCCCGGGUCGUGGUGCCCAAAGCCGCCCUGUACCAGACCCAGACCUUCUUCGCUAAAGGCAAAGGAAAGCAGAUCCAGCAGCUGGUGUCCAACCUGAGAGGAGACCCUCUGCCGCAGGGGAAGAGCCAGAGCUGGGAGGGCAAGCUGCUCAAGAUCCCCCCGGUGUCCCCGUCCAUCCUCGACUGUCCCAUCAUCAGAGUGGAGUACGCGCUCAUGGUGAGUCUCCGGACCCAACGUGCUCCUCAAAAACAUCUCAUUUAUGAGCUACGAGCACACUCAUUUAUGCAACAGGUUUUGGCUCUCUACAGCGUGUAAAAACCCUGAGAGUUUACUCUAUUCAUGCUAUUUAUACAUCUAUAAUGCA